UGCUGUGUUGGUAGUAAUCAUCGUGCACCAGUGAGAAUACUUAUAAUAAGAAAUAUCAUCAUUUGCAUCGUACGCGUUAACGAUAUACAAUAUACAGAGUGACUUAAACAUUAUUAACUCAAUAAGACAAAUAAUAUUACAACGCUUUCUGUAAAAAUAUUAACUAUCAGAAAUGGCUGAAAAGGAAAUCGUUUUAGACAAACAAUUGCUCGAUUAUCUACGAACAUACGUAAAAAGUAUAAACUUGGAAGCUCCCGAAUUUUAUGUAACCAGAGCUUGCAAUAAGGGUGACAAUUUCGCUGGACUUGUUUAUUGUGUGAGAAUCGAAGGUAUUGAAAAUGGCAAGUCCAAAAGUAUUCACGUUAUUUUAAAGACACCAAAUCUCGAAUCACAAAAUCAUGUGCAGUUUAUGAGUUUAUUUCACAGACGUGAAGUAUUCUUCUAUCGAGAAGUAUUGCCUAUUUUCAAGAAAACUUUGAAAAAACAUGGUGGAAUCGCAGAUUUAUUUCCCACGUUUCACGGUGCUAAUGAGGAAUCCGAAAAAGAUGUAUUGAUACUAGGAAAUCUAACGCUUGAAGGGUUCACGAUGAAGAGCUCGAGAAUCAUGGAUUACCCACACGUCUCUCUAGCACUUCGAUACUUAGGUGAAUUCCACGCGUACAGUUUUAUCACACGCGUUGCUGAUCCGAUAAGCUUCGACAAAUUGAAACAAAUGGAGGAGCCAUUAUUUUGUCGAAAAUCAAAUUUUGAGAACGAUGAAUAUAUUCAUCACAUUUGCAGUAUCGUUGGGAAGGUUUUACUAGACGAGGAGAAACAUUAUAUCGAGAGAUAUCAACAAUUCACAGAUAAUUUUAUACCUAACCUAAAGGAUGUGGUUAAUGGUAACGCCGCUGAACCCUACGCCGUUGUAAACCACGGUGAUGCUUGGACUAAUAAUAUACUUUAUAAAUACGAACAGGCAAGAGAUUUUCCGUGUGGGCGACGGAGCAUAAGAAUACCAUCAAUGUAUGGCUUGCGCGUCGUAUGAGGCGACUAAAAGAUCCUCCCAGGUGGACAGCUGCGCCCGAGAGUACUAGUGAAAGGGAAGCGCACCCGAUCAGCUCAUGGAGCGGCCGAUGCGAGUAACCCGACCCUUACAGCGCGGGGCACGCCCGCGAUCAACGAUCCACCCCGUUAGGGCUCCGGCCCAGUUGCCAGUAAGAAAAGGUGGCUCCGACUACAAACGCCCGGCCGGCUGAGACCGUAAAGAGAACUGCUUUUCCGCCAGCCCAUAGGAGUAAACCUCGAUAAAAAAAAUCAUAGGGAAGUGGUUGGAUUGGAGAGACCUCCGCUCCGAAGUGAGCAGGAAUGCUGUCCCGUCUCGGGGGAGAAGAAGAUUCCACCUUCAGUAAGCAUUGCACGCCGAUGCUUCGGCAGCCCAGCAAGAUGGGAUACCCUCGACCCGUUCGACAUGGACUAUGGUCCUUGUCGAAAGACGAGAGGAACCCACACCCACGAUUGCAUAUCGGAGGCGUAGCCUCACGGUAUGCGGGGAGUAGAGAGGUGUACCGGGCCGCUCAAACGAUUUCGAGGUUGAGGCCGGGCGACUGGAAUCCGCGGAGCUGCUCGGAUGUAUUCCGAGGUAGAGUCCACGGAUUUCUAACGAUUGGAAUGGAGUCGCGAGGGCCAAUACAUUGGCCCUCCCAUUGAGGAGGUGCCGCAUCCUGGCAACCUUGCGUCUCCCACAAACACGACCGUUGGCGGCUUGGUCCGCCGGCGCUGCUCCCGUAUAGGAAGCUGCGCACGGGAGUAUUAGGGACUUCGGGAAAUGUCGGGAUGGGUUGAGUUUCUGAGGUCCCACAGCGGUGGCAAGGCGGGCCCCAAAGAUUCCGUAAAACCACACUGGCCUAGAGGGUGGCCCGAUAAGUCACCUGGGAGGGGGGCCGCCGUUAAGCUCCCCAUAGCAAAAUAAGAUUAUAAAAGAUAGAAAGAAAAUUGCGGCAAUUUCAGAGCUAUUGCGCCGACAUGGAGGGAUUAUGGCCUCAGACCUUUCGCUUGUCGUCAACGAGCGCUGGGCCGAACGAGAAGACGACUGGCGGUGCGUCAAUGGCGGGCGCACCGGAAAUUACUGCUACCGCCGCGAGGAGAAUGGAGAAGGAGAGAGAGAAAAAGGGGGCGAGACGACGACGACGUCACCACAAGUGUCGUUGCUGUCGGAGUUAUUCUUAAAGGAGGAGUUUAUGAGGAAGAGAAGGAAAAAAGAAGAGACAGGGAAACCAUCUUAGGAGGAGCCAUCAAAAUCGGCCCCCCAGAGAGAAAAAGGAGAAGGAGGAAGAACAGGAGAAGAUAUGGUGGUCCCGAUAAAUGAGAAAUCCUCCUCUUCCUCAGAAGGGGAGGCGUUGGACUGUGAUAGUCCUCUAAAUGUUAAAGCUAUCGUGGCCCAAUUAGGAGAAAUAAUGAAGAACCUUGAGACCAACUGACACAAAGUGAAAACCUUCAGGAAGAAGAGUAAAGGCAUGGAUGGGGAUGCGCGGGUGAAGUGUAGCAAGACCCUUAGGGCCUUGUGGAAUACAGAUGCAGACAUCCACGACGAAACCCGGGAUUCGUUGAGGAUUCUGGAGGAGAAGAGGAGGAAGGAACACUGGAAAAGGGAAGCGAAUAGGAGGGUAAAAUUGGCGGAAAAGUAUGACGGAGGCAGUAGAACGCAGGGCAGAGUCAGUGGAAAGAAGGCUAAACAUAGCUGAGAGCAGGGCAGACCGCUAUAAAAUUUCCGCAUAGCAGUCUGAUAUUUAGAGACAGGCAAGUGCGGAGAAAGAAAAAAAAGGAAGAAAAGAGCAGGUGGCUCAACUUAAGCAUGAGAUAGCCCGCCUCCAAGCUGAGUUCAGCUCUCUGAAGAAGGCGAGAGAAGAAGAGAGAAUGACGGGGAGAGACCGGGCGUCAUAUCCCUUCCCGGAAGUAGCGCCUGAAAAGAAAGAUCGAACGACAUCCUCACUCAGGGAUGUCGCCCUCCCCCGAGGAUCAGGAACGCGGUCGCUAGCGGAAACGCGCGGGGUAUCCCCACCUCUGCGGGAAGGGGGAAUGGAGAACACCCAGGAGGAGGAAGAAGAGAAACAGAGGAUAGUACCAAAAGGGACCAGUUGGCCCGUCUCUGGAAAACAAGGUGAGGGCGGGGGGACCGGAGCGCGACGCCGAGUGAUCGAUCGGCGUAUCCUCCCCCUAUGGUUCCUACGCAGCGCCCAGCAGAAACGAGCCCGCCGCCGCCGAGGAUGGCGGCGGUGACUGUGAGACUAGGAAAAGGGAACCUCACCUUCACGGAGGUCCUUAGAAGAGUGAAGGGGGCAAUUCUUUUUGGAGGAGAUAGGGAGCCGGCCUUUGUUAGGAAGGUUGCAGAUGGCGGCCUCCUUAUCGGGCUGGCCGGCCCAGAGAGGGAGGCGAACGCGGAAACCCUCGCCAGAAGGCUCCGCGAAGUGGCGCUAGAGGCGAGGGUCUCCAGACUUUUGAGAGUGGAGGAAAUCCGGUCAGAAUAGACAAAUCGGUCCUGCCUUCGGAAGUCAGGGAAGCAACAAGCGAGGCCUGCGACAAGAAAAAGGUGCGUUUGGACCCCGUAAGGUGGAGCUCAAGGAUUUUGGGGGCAGCCUGGGCGCGGCUUCAGCCGUCGCUAAGGUUAGGAAGUUGUCACUCGGGUGAGCAACGGUAAAAGUGGAGUUUCCGUUCAACCAACCACCUCAGUGCUUUAGAUGUUUGGGGCUCGGCCAUGUCCGGGUAUCCUGCUACGGACUUACCGACCGGUGUCAGGAUUGCUUCCGAUGGCCGAGCCGGGCACGCCGCGAGGGACUGCACCGAGAGGGCGUAAUGUAUCACGAAAAAGACCGGAAUGCGGACUACCGCAUGGAUAGUCCUGCGCUCGCCUUAAGCAAGGGAGAGCCGGCGACUAAGGCGUGACCGCCAGGCCAUAAGCGGGGGCGUUCCAGGGGGUCGGGAGGGGGCCGUGAGGUGAGCGGGAGGCCGCUUUCCUGGCGCCAAUGAGAAUGGCACCGAAGACGGAGUAUCCGGGAUUACUACCGGGGGAUCCGGCAAAGAAAGCCCCGAUCUAACCAUCUCGAUCGGGGCCCACGCCGGCUGUUCAGCCGAGGGAGGAUCUGGGGCCUGGAUUGAUUACUCAACCCUCCCGGGCCCCCCUCCCACUCGGGCCGUUGAGAGGGAUGCACGGGGGUGCGCCCUUUCCAUAGUAACGGCCCGGGAUGGAGGCGGCGCGGUAUUGAAUCGCACCGCGCCGCUGAUAAGAAAAGCCGAGAGGAGAAAGUCCCCCCUUCCGGCCUAAGAAUGGGUCCUCAGUGGACUGUGCAAGGAGGCGUCCCUGAAGUAAUGCUCACAUGGUUCCAGGGAUGUCUCCACCAAGGACUAAGGACAGACCCGCCAGAGGUUUUUGUGGUUAUGGUCUCCCCAAAUAAUUUGGGGAGGAGUCUCACAUAACCCGUGGUCCUCGCCCAAGGACUGUGGGCAUGCGUAAUGCAUUUCCCCUGGUUUAUUAAAAAAAAAAAGCGGAGGAAAUGCAUUACGCAUACUCGCGAUCCUCUGGAAAGGACCGCGGGUUAUGUGAAACUCCUCUCCGCUCUUGAUAAGAGGAAGCCCUACCCACUAAAACCCCUGCCGGGUGCCUUCCUUGGGGCUUAUUGGGGAGCCAGGGAAUUGCUUCUGGCAUUAUUUCCCCGGCUCCCUGCCUCGGUGGGGAACCAAUUAGUUUCCUCGCUCCUGGCUGGGCUCUCCUUUUGUUUGUGAAUGGCCGACGGCCCAGGUACUAUUAACUCAAGCACCCGGAUUAGACAUUCUUUAUCCCUAUUCAGGGAUAGCAAAGAGUAUCCGCCACGCUCCCCCUAGCCAUUCCCAUAGUCUGGGAGGAGCGGGGAAUAAGUCAGUCCUCAAGAGCGGGUUUUCAUCCUCCCAGUCCACGCUUUACCCCCUGUAAAGGGGGGAGCCGCCAUUUACGGUAGAGGCGUUCAGUAGCUGGAAUCGAUGUCAUUCGACCCCGUCGGCGCCCCUUCCCCGCUUCCUCUCAUUCUUGUACGGGGCGGUCUCACCUGCCCC